AUGCACCGUGAUUGCUUCGAUGUUCAGUCAUCUCCACUCCCGGAUAAUUGCACGGCUAAUCUAUAUACUCUUCAUCUCCUACCCGUCAAUGGAAUUCUUCCCACCUCCACCGGUACUUCGCUCACGAUGCGACUCCUGCUUUACAACGCCUUAGUAGCGGCCAUUCCUCUGGCUCUCGCCAGCUUCGACGCCUCCCACGUCUCCUGGUACACUACCCCGGCCAACAACUUCACCUCCACCCUCCCCAUUGGUAAUGGCAGACUAGGCGCCGCCAUCUGGGGUACCGCGACCGAGAAUGUCACCCUCAAUGAGAAUUCCAUCUGGAGUGGCCCGUUCAUCAACCGCGUCAAUCCCCGCUCGUAUGAUGCCCUUUGGCCAGUCCGGUCGCUCCUGGCAGAGGGGAACAUGACGGAGGGGAAUGAUGCUACUCUAGCAAAUAUGGUUGGCAUCCCAGAUUCGCCGCAGUCUUACAGUGCGCUGGGGUCGUUGGUCCUGGAUUUUGGGCAUGACGAGGCGGGAAUCAGUAACUAUACGCGAUAUCUGGAUUUAAGGAGUGGCGUGGCGGUGGUGGAAUAUACUUAUCGAGCUGUGCGGUAUAGGCGAGAGUAUCUGGCGAGUUAUUCGGAUAAUGUAGUCGCUGUGCGCUUGUCGUCGAGCGAGCCCGGAGGUUUGAAUGUGGCUUCUGCGCUGGUUCGAGAUCGAUAUGUUGUGUCCAACAAUGCAACCAUCUCGCAUGACGGGGGGUUGUUGACGCUCAGGGCUUACUCAAAUAACGUUUCGAACCCCAUUCAGUUUACGGCCGAGGCCAGGGUCGUUUCUGAUGGGCGGGCUACAAGCAAUGGCACAUCCCUCGUAGUCCGGAACGCUUCGACAAUCGACAUCUUCAUCGACACCGAAACGUCCUAUCGCUAUUCAGCUCAAGAAAACUGGGAAGCAGGGAUUGAAUCAAAGCUCGACAGUGCUAGCAGCUCUGGCUUUGUCGCCGUCAAGGAAAAUGCGAUCGCCGAUUACUCCGCUUUGGCGCAGCGAGUGGACCUGAACCUGGGAUCCUCUGGUUCAGCCGGCAACCUGCCCACCGACAGCCGCUUGGUGAACUAUCGCACUGAUCCUGACAGCGACCCGGAGCUGGUCGCCCUCAUGUUCCACUUUGGCCGGCACUCAUUGAUCGCCUCCUCGCGCGCCACCGAGUCACCAGCCCUACCGGCCAAUCUACAGGGGCUGUGGAACCAGGACUUCGAUCCCGCCUGGGGUGGGCGAUUCACCAUCGACAUCAAUCUCGAAAUGAACUACUGGCCGGCAGAGGUCACUAACCUCGCUGAUACUUUUUCCCCGUUCAUUGAUCUGCUGGAUGUCGUGCAUGACCGAGGGCUUGAUGUAGCCGAAAGCAUGUACCACUGCAGCAACGGCGGGUAUGUCCUUCACCACAACACCGACCUCUGGGGCGAUGCAGCCCCCGUCGAUAAUGGCACAACCUGGACGAUGUGGCCUAUGGGUGGAGCAUGGCUGUCGGCUAAUCUGAUCGAGCAUUAUCGAUUUUCACGGGAUGAGUCCAUUCUCCGGAACCGCAUCUGGCCACUCUUGCAGAGUGCUGCGAGGUUCUACUACUGCUAUCUCUUCCCGUUCGAGGGCUAUUACAGCACUGGGCCAUCGCUGUCCCCGGAAGCCUCCUACAUCGUGCCGGAUGACAUGACCACAGCGGGUAAAGAAGAGGGUAUAGAUAUUGCCCCGACAAUGGACAACUCCCUGCUCCAUGAGCUGUUCCAAGCUGUCAUUGAAACCUGCGACGUGCUGGCAAUCAACAACACAGACUGCACCACCGCUGCAUCCUAUCUCGCAAAGAUCAAGCCACCACAGAUCGGCUCCUCCGGUCGCAUCCUAGAAUGGCGACUGGACUACGAAGAAUCCGACCCAGGUCAUCGGCACAUGAGUCCGAUCUUCGGUCUCUUCCCAGGCGACCAGAUGGCCCCGCUCGUCAACGAAACGCUAGCCACAGCCGCCAAGGCGUUCCUGGACUGGCGCAUCGCCCAUGGCAGCGGAAGCACGGGCUGGUCGCGUACCUGGACAAUGAAUCUGUAUGCGCGGCUGUUUGACGGCGACCAGGUCUGGAACCAUACGCAGAUCUAUCUGCAAAGGUUUCCCAGUCCGAACUUGUGGAACACCGACUCCGGUCCGGAUACGGUGUUUCAAAUCGAUGGGAACUUCGGGUUCACCUCUGGGAUCGCAGAGAUGCUGCUGCAGAGCUACAAGGUUGUGCAUUUGCUCCCGGCGCUGCCAGCCGCUGUGCCAACGGGACAUGUGUCUGGUUUGGUGGCCAGGGGGAACUUUGUAGUUGAUAUGGAAUGGUCAGGAGGUGUUUUGACAGAGGCGAGAAUCACCUCGCGAAGCGGUAGCUUGUUGGAAAUUCGUGUUCAGGGUGGCUCGGAGUUUACAGUCAACGGGGAGAGAUAUACGGGAGGCAUACAGACGGACGCUGGAGGGGUCUAUACGGUGGUCCCUGUCUAG